AACGUAAGAAGGAGCUUCUCUUCCCUUUUCCACUUCUCAUCUGCUCUGCACAAACUCACAUCAUCCAUUUUCCUUCCUCUUUGCCCAUUUCAAAACUAAAACAGUCAAUCCUUUCUUUUAUUAUUGGACGAAAGUCAAAAAACAGAAAAGAGAGAGAGAGAGGGCCUCUCGCCCGCCCUCUUAUUAAAAGCUUCAUCCUCUCCAAGCUCUUCGAUUUUCAAUCUCGUCUUGUCUCCUCUCUUCUCUGUUUUCUUAAACUUUCGGAAUCCAGGAUCGUGGGUCGAUCGGUUCACAGAAUCCGAUCAAGACCCAGCUGUUCGUUUUCAUCGUUACAUCCUUUUGCUUUCCCCAUAAAGGAAUGGAUAAGGAGUCAGGUAAGCUCUUCAUCGGCGGGAUCUCUUGGGAGACCACCGAAGACCGUCUUCGCGACUAUUUUCAGAGCUUCGGCGAGGUUUUGGAAGCCGUCAUCAUGAAGGAUCGUUCCACUGGUCGUGCUCGUGGCUUUGGUUUCCUUGUCUUCGCUGAUCCCAAUGUUGCUGAGAGAGUCGUGCUGCUCAGACACGUCAUUGAUGGUAAACUUGUUGAGGCGAAGAAGGCAGUUCCAAGAGAUGAUCACAAAAGUAACAGCAGUCUACAGGGAUCAUCACCUGGUCCAGCAAACUGUAAAAAGAUCUUUGUUGGAGGUUUGGCUUCAUCGGUUACAGAGGCUGAGUUCAAGAAGUACUUUGCUCAGUUUGGGACUAUCACUGACGUUGUGGUGAUGUAUGACCAACGAACACAGCGACCGAGAGGCUUUGGGUUCAUCUCUUAUGAAUCAGAGGACGCUGUAGACAGAGUCUUGCGAAGGACGUUCCACGAACUCAAUGGGAAGAUGGUGGAAGUCAAACUGGCUGUUCCCAAGGACCCAGUCCGGAACCAGAUGAAUGUAAAUGGCUUUGGCAGUAAUAGAAUCAGUGCGUUGCUGAUGAACGAGUACACACAAGGGUUCACCCCGAGUCCAAUCUCAAGUUAUGGAGUGAAACCUGAGGUUAGGUACAGUCCAGGAGUAGUUAAUAGGGGCGGAUUCUCACCUUUUGGACAUGGAUAUGGGAUUGAUCUGAAUUUCGAGCAAGACCAGACUCAGAGGUAUGGAUCUGGUUCCAGUGCAGGCUUUGGACGGCCCUUUAGCCCUGGAUAUACUCCGAGCCUUAGCAGGUACGGUAGCCAGAUUGAGACAGGAGGAGGAGCUAACGGUUCUGUGCUAAAUGCAUCAACAAAGAACCAUUUAUGGGGAAAUGGUGGUGGUCUAGGUUACAUGUCAAACUCACCAGUCUCUAGAAGCAGCUUCAAUGGAAACUCUGGAAUGUCUUCACUAGGCAGCAUUGGAGACAACUGGGGAGGAGCAGGUGCACGUGCACGUAAUAGCUAUCGCAGUGAGGGAGGAGGCUUAGGAUUAGAAGCAAUGAGAGGAGUUCAUGUUGGUGGUUUCAGCAACGGUUUAAACAGCUUGGAGGCAGACUCUCUCUACAGUGACUCGGCGUGGCUUUCGAUGCCUGCAAAGGCGUAUGAAAAAUUGGGAAUGGGAGCAUUUGACUUCAUGUCUAGAGGACCGGCUGGAUACAUCAACAGGCAACCAAACGGAGGAAUUGCAGCUUAGAGAAGUGGGAAAUAUAUUCCAUGGAGAUCAGAUGAUGAUUUGGCUAUUUGCAGGAGAGAGUUUUUAGAAGAGGGAAAAAAAGUUUUUUAAAAACUGUUCAAAAAUACCUUAAAGCUUUCCUUUACUUUUUACUAUUUUAACUGUUGCUUUAGUUUUUAUUUUCACCCUUGUUUUCUAAUUUGGGGUUUUGGUUCUUUAAUCUUUAAAAAAACUGUAAACUGAGUUAUAUAUAAAGAGACAAAAAAAACAGUGAAGUGUAUGAAGUUCUU